AUGUUGAAUACUUCCAAAUGGUUGCAGAAUGCCUCCAGAUCUACAAAUUCUCCAGAUGAAUCCUGUUCCUCUGUCGUCUCCAGUUCGACCUUCAAGCUGAUCCUCUACUCCCUGACCGGUGGACUGAUUGUAACAACGUUCCUUGGAAAUAUUCUUGUGAUCACCUCCAUUGCGUAUUUCAAACACUUACACUCUCCAACCAACUCCUUUGUGUUGUCGCUGGCAGUUGCAGAUUUUCUCGUUGGUGGUCUGGUGAUGCCCUUUAGCAUGAUACGAACAAUUGAAGGGUGCUGGUAUUUUGGUUCGGUGCUUUGUAGACUUCAUUCCAGCCUUGAUGUCAUGCUUUGUUCUGCAUCAAUUCUACACCUGAGCUGUAUAGCCUUUGAUCGCUAUUAUGCCGUGUGCAACCCUCUACUAUACAGUUACAAAAUGUCUACAAGAAGGGUAUCUGUUCUCAUUUGUACAUGUUGGGUUAUACCAAUGCUCAUUUCAUUUGCUCCCAUAAUGCUUGGUCUACACCUUCUGGGCAUGGAGCACUUACUGCAGGAAGGUACAUGUCUCUUUGUAGUGAACCACAUCUACUCUGUCAGUGCCUCUCUGAUUACUUUCUAUUGCCCUAUGACAAUCAUGUUUGUUGCCUACUGCAAAAUCUACCGAGCAGCAAGAAAACAGGCGCUUCAAAUACACGAUAUGAAACGAAAUGUGACCACUCAAUAUGGCGGAGAUUGUUCCAUGAAAAAAAGAAAGUAUUCCCUCAAAAGGGAGAGGAAGGCUGCCAAGACCUUGGGGGUUAUAAUGGGUUUAUUUCUGUUUUUUUGGAGCCCGUUUUUUACAGCAAAUAUCGUAGACCCUCUGAUUGGAUACAAAAUGGGGAUGGUGGGGUGGGAAGUCUUUCUCUGGUUGGGUUACGUGAAUUCUGCUCUCAACCCUUUCUUGUAUGGAUUGCUCCAUAAAUCAUAUCGUCGGGCUUUCUUUAUGAUCAUAGGAUGUAAAACUUGCUAUUCUGCAACAUCUCUAAACAUUGACCUGUCCAGCACAAAACAAGAGAAAGUCAAGCGCAAAACAACUGAUCUGCACUAGAGUCAACCACAGAGGAAACAUGAUGGAGUAGACUUCA